AUGGAGAAAGAAGCACCUGGCUCAUCUGGUAGUUCAGAUGCGUCGGAUAUCCUCGAUAUGAGAGAUGAGGAAGGCUGGGAAGAUGCUGAGCCAGACGUAGAAGAGUCACAGUUCAUUUCGUUGAUGGAUGAUGAAGUUUUCACAGACAUGAUGCAAAUGCUCGACCACUGCAAGGCAAAACACAACCUUGAUUUCCUGGAAAUCAGAUCGAGACUCGGCCUAGAUUUCUAUGGCAAUAUCAAGCUGGUCAACUACCUGCGGUCCCAGGUACACAGUGGCAAGCCCAUCCCUUCAGAGAUCACCAAAAAGGAUUUUGAUGACGAGAAGUACUUGAAGCCAGUUCUAGAGGAUGAUGCCGUGUUGUUUACGUUGGACGAUCUUCCAGAAGUGGUUGAAAUUCAUGAUGAAGUUAAUGUGCAGGACAAGGGCAAAGGUGUCGAGCGAGAUUCAGGCAGUCUUAUAGCCCGGGUCUCUGAACUAGAAGAGGAGUUAAGAAAGGUACACUCUCAAUUUUCCGACUAUCGCGAUACUGUCAAGACCACACUGGACAAAAAGUGGGAAGAACCAAGUGCGAACGGAUCCGCUGCACCUAAGGAGGAGCCUAGGGAUGAUGACAGUCACUAUUUCAGCUCAUAUUCAUACAAUGAUAUCCACGAGACUAUGCUCAAGGACGCAGUCAGAACCGAUGCUUACAGAGACUUCAUCUACAGCAACAAAGCUCUUUUCGCUGGAAAGACAGUUCUCGACGUUGGAUGCGGCACAGGAAUUCUGAGCAUGUUCUGCGCUAAAGCAGGAGCUGCCCGUGUGAUAGCAGUUGAUAAUUCGGCCAUCAUCGACAAAGCCCGUGAAAACAUCUUCAACAAUGGCUUCGCUGACACAAUUACAUGUCUUCGUGGCAAGGUUGAAGAGGUUAAGCUUCCAGUCGACAAGGUCGAUAUCAUUGUUAGUGAGUGGAUGGGCUACUGUUUGCUUUACGAGGCUAUGCUCGAUAGUGUCAUCUGGGCUCGAGACAAGUAUCUCCAACCAGAUGGACUUAUGGUUCCCAGUCAUAUGAACAUGUGGGUGGCUCCUAUCGCAGAUCCAGAUUACAUAUCCGAUCAUAUUGCAUUCUGGAGAGAUGUCUAUGGGUUUGACAUGAAGGCGAUGCAAGCUGGUAUCCACGAAGACGCUCAAGUACUUGAUAUGCCAGCUAGUACACUUGCUGCUGACCCAUUCCCAUUCCUACAGCUCAGUCUUCAUACCACCGCAGUCAAGGAUCUUGUCUUCAAGCGAAAGUGGUCCGGGAAAUUGAAGAAGGAUAUAGAUGCGCUUGAUGGCUUCAUCAUCUGGUUUGAUUCUUUCUUCAUACCCUCCAGGACAGAAGUUGUCGCUGAAGAUGCUAAAGCCGAGGAGUGGGCCGCGUCUGGGAAGAGUGGGAAUGCAUUUACCACUGGUCCGGGAGGAAAAGUAACACAUUGGAAACAAGGUGUGAUGCUCAUUGACAAUACCAAGGAGAAGCCUGUUGGUCACAAGGAAGGCGAGCAGCUAAGUGGCGAGCUUGAGUAUGCCGUGCCUGAGGACAAUUCUAGAGCACUAAACGUCAGUUUAACGUGGAAAUUCGAGUCAUGGCAAAAGGAGAAUUCUCAGAGCUGGAAGAUGAGAUAA